GAGCGCCGCGUCCCAGUGUCCCAGCCAGUGCGGAGACAGCGCACCUGCCCGCCGCCCUCGCUCCGCACCGCCCAGCACCGCCCGCGGGACCCCGCACUGUCCGCUCCCCACCGCCAGCCGCUCCGCACCGCCCAGCACCGCCCGCUCCGCACCGCACCGCCAGCGGGACCCCGCACCGCCCUCCCAGCACCGCCAGCCGCUCCGCACCGCCCUCCGCGCUGCCAGCGGGACCCCGCACCGCCCGCCCAGCACAGCCAGCGGGACCCCGCACCGCCCAGCACCGCCAGCCGCUCCGCACCGCCCUCCGCGCCGCCAGCGGGACCCCGCACCGCCCAGCACCGCCAGCGGGACCCCGCACCGCCCUCCGCGCCGCCAGCGGGACCCCGCGCCGCCCGCCCAGGAGAUGGGGGCGCCCCUGGGGGCGCUGAUCUGCCUCCUCCUCAGCCUGGGUGUACAGGAGACCUACGGACAAGCAGGAACGUGUGGAAGUGUAAUCAUGGGACGGAUUGUGGGGGGCACAGACGCACAGGCUGGGCAGUGGCCUUGGCAGGUCAGCCUGAAUUUUCAGGGUGUUCAUGUGUGUGGCGGCUCCCUCAUUUCCCCCCAGUGGGUGAUCACUGCAGCGCACUGCUUCCCACCGGAAAACCCCAUCGCCGACUAUGAGGUGAUGCUGGGAGCCUUCCAGCUGAUCAACCCCCUGUCUAACAUCACUGUGGUUGGGGUGGAGCAGGCCAUCAAGAAUCCUGGCUACACGGAUGAGGACUCCGGCGGGGACCUUGCGCUGGUGAAAUUGAAAAAGCCCGUCUCCUAUACGCGUAGCAUUCGCCCCAUCUGCCUGCCGUCCGCUUCCGUCAGCUUCCCCAGCGGCAUGAUCUGCACGGUGACUGGCUGGGGGAAUGUGCUUACCUCUGUCAGCCUGCCCAAUCCCAAGACCCUGCAGCAGCUGGAGGUGCCAGUGAUUGGGCUGGAGACCUGCCGCUGCCUCUACAAGAUCAGCGCCAACCCAACAGAUCCCCACGUGAUCCAGGACGACAUGAUGUGUGCGGGCUACGCCAAGGGCAAGAAGGACGCCUGCCAGGGUGACUCCGGGGGACCCCUCUCCUGCCGUGUGGGCAAUGCCUGGCUGUUAGCUGGGGUGGUGAGCUGGGGGGACGCGUGCGGGUCCCCCAACCGGCCUGGCGUCUACACCCGCACCUCGGCCCACACAGCCUGGAUUAAACAGAUCAUCCCGGCGGUGGAGAUGAGCGACGUGCGCGUGAAUCAGGAGCCAGUCUCGGAGGAGGGGCUGUGUCCCAACACCACCAGUCGGCCUGGCCCCUAUGACGGCGUCCAGCCCCAUCCCAACUGGCCCCGGCCAAUCUCCCCCAACCAGCCUUUGGACCAUGCUACCUCCCACAUCCUCACUGCCAGCCUGCUGUUCUUCUGCCUGCUACUUCACGUACUCCCUGCCCUAUAGCGCCCCUGCUCUCAAGGUCAGCGCAGCAUGGGACCCCACCCCCGCUAAGGCAGUCCAGGGGCGUCUUUCCCCCUCCCAAACUCAGCAGGAUGGUCCCAAGAUUUCAAAGCCUUGGGUUUCCUGCCCCAUCCCCUUAUUGUUCCUGUUUGUUUCCUGCGUUGUGCUGCUCUGUCACCAUCAGGGAAUUGACGUGACUUCAGGGCACCGCGCUGGCAGCAGCCCUGUUCACGGCAACGUCCUUUCUGCCUCCAGUACUGCAGACCCCUGAGUUCUGGCCAACAGGGUCCUGCAAACCUCUCCCAAGCCUCGCUCUGGGAUCGAGGCUCGUGCCAACCCCUGAACCUCGCUCUGGGAUCGAGGCUCGUGCCAACCCCUGAGCCUCGCUCUGGGGCUCACGCCAACCCCUGAGCCUCGCUCUGGGAUCGAGGCUCACGCCAAUGCCUGAGGCUCACGCCAGCCCCAGAGCCUCACUCUGUGAGAAUCAGGGCCCUAGCAGUAGGCAGCUCCCCAACCCCUGUUCCCAGGCCCGGUUCUGUCACCAUGACACCUCCUAGGGCAGCCUAACAAGCUCCCUAUCUUCCUCUUUCCACCCUGAUUUUUCCAGGGAGACUCCGGGGGACCCCUCUCCUGCCAAGUGGGUAGUGUCUGGCUGCUGGCCGGAGUGGUGAGCUGGGGGGAAGCAUGCGGGGCCGCCAACCG